AAAUGAUAAGGCUUGGUGGAUUUUGGUGCUUAAUUCAUAUUACACAAACUAAAUAUUAAUUAGAAUUCCGUGUUUGGACUAUUUGACUGUCCUCAGUUGGGAGUCAUCACUGCCUUUUCUAUUUAAUCACAAAACUUCGUUAAAAAAAAUAACAAAAAUUGUGUUCGCCCGCUCUGGUUCUCAGUGGUUCUCUUAGCAACCAAACAUUUGUUUUGCAAGUGACUGUAAUGAAUUAAAAAGGGUGAAUAAUUGCUAAAGUGGUGUGUCGGUUCUGCAAACAGCAACAAGACGACGCCUGAAAGCAUUGACAUCCUGCAUGAUUGCAUUCCUCCGUUGUGCAAAGUAACCAGCCAGCAACCGGCCAAUGGCGCUCAACUUCCUGCUUCUCAGCAAAGCCACAUUUUUUUGUAUUGUCGUCUGACUGCGUCCCUCAGCGACACCCACACAAGCCUCUUUGCAACCCAGCAGGAUACAACUUUUGGGGGCAAUUCUCACACACGCACACUAAUCCGGGGGAAUCAUGUGGGAAUCUCAAAGAGCUUUUUAAUAAGGCUUACUUCUUGGACCAUGUCGCUUCCGGAGGAGGACCUCACAUGCCCCAUCUGCCAUGAAAUCUUCUCUGACCCGGUGGUGCUGUCUUGCAGCCACAGCUUCUGCAGGAGAUGUCAGGAGCGCUGCUGGGACGCGCGCCUCCGCGAGUGUCCCGUGUGUCGGAAGAAGACUUCCAAGUCAAGCCACUUUCCCAACCUGGCCCUGAAGAACAUCUGCGAGGCCGUAGUCUCCCGCAGGGAGGUGGAAGCGGUGGAGGAGAGGCUGAUGUGUCCCCUGCACAGGGAGAAGUAUAAGCUCUUCUGUUUGGAGGACAAGGAGCCCAUCUGCGUGGUGUGCCAAUGCUCCAAGGCGCACAAGGACCACAAGUGCUCACCUGUCGAGGAGGCAGCGACGGACUGCAAGGAUAAACUAAACGAAUCCCUCAAGAGUCUGCAAGACAAACUGGACAAACUGAAGAUGAUCCACAGGGCCUCCGCCGACAUGUUCAAGCACAUCAAAGAGCAAGCAGUGGAGACUCGACGUUUAAUCCGCGGUCAGUUUGAGCAGCUCCGUCAAAUGCUGAACCGCGAGGAGGAGGCCCGGCUGGCGGCGGUCAAGCGGGAGGAAGAGGAGAAGAUGGCGAAUAUGAACGACAAGAUGAAGGAGUUGUCGGCCGAGGUGCUGUCCCUGGCCGAGAGUGUCGGCGACGUGCGCCAGCUGCUGAAGGAAGAUGACAUGGUCUUGUUGAAGAAGUUUAAAGAUCACAAGGACAGAAACACAACAUUGGGUUCCGACUACAUGUGCGGCGCCCUCCUUGACGUGACCAACCAUGUCUCCAACCUCAAGUACAGAGUGUGGGAGAAAAUGCUGGAACAUAUUGAUUAUACCCCCGUGACCUUGGACCCGAACACAGCGCACCCUUGCCUCAUCCUGUCGGACGACCUCACUUCCUGUCACUACAGCGACCGGAUGAACUGUUGCCCCGACAACCCGGAGCGCUUCCACAUCAGCGCCGAGGUGGUGGGCGCCGCGGCGCUGGGCUCGGGAAGCCACCGCUGGGUGGUGCAGACGGGAAGCAACCGGGACUGGCUUCUGGGCGUGGUCUCCUCGUCCAUCCCGAGGAACUCUGAGGUCAACGCCAGGCCCGAGAACGGCUUCUGGACUCUGUGCUUCCGGGACGGCCAAGUCAAGGCCAUGACAUCCCCGCCGACGCCGCUGGAAGUGUCCAGGGUGCCGGAGCGAAUCAAAGUCCACGUGGAUUAUGACAAAGGCACCGUGAUGUUUUGGGAUGACGACGACGACGACUCGCCGCUUCACGUGUAUGAGCAAACAUUUAGCCAAACGCUGCUGCCGUACUUUUACACGCAGAGUAGCCAUCCGUUGAGAAUCCUUCCGGAGAGGGUGCUCGUCACCAAGCUGAGGCAAUAAAAACUCCAUUGGAACAUC